GAACGGACAUUCUAAUGUGUAUGGAUAAUGGAAGUCGUAACAGUCAGUACCUUACACCAGAAUGGCGUAUCAACAAUUAUGUAGUAGGAAGCAACGAUAAAUUAACCAGUCACAUUUGUUAUGAUCUCAAAAAAAAAAGCAAAGAACUAUUUACAUCAAAAAAAAUUUUAGAAUACCAAUUGUAUUCACUAUUGUGAAAUUAGUCAAUAACUGUAAUUGUUAAUUAAGCAUCUAAUAAAUACUAAUGUGUCUUUAAAAAAAAAAAUGAGUUCGCCAAUGUCUGUAAGCAGUGCUAGCACAUCUGCUGGAACACCAGGUAUGGAAACAGUCGUAGCAGUAGCUUUAGGUGCAUUGGCUGCUGUCUUCCUUGGAGCUUUACUUGUACUACUUGUCAUCUGUCGCCGUCAACGUUGUUAUUAUAAACAAAAAGAUUCAUCAGAUCUAAAUUCAGAUUUACUGGAAGGAGACAAUGUUUGUACUCUUGGACUUGAUGCUUGGGAAAAUGAUGAAUGGCUUGCAAGAGCUGAAAGGUGGGUAGAUGAUGCAACAGGAUUAGCUCCGCCUUGUAUUGCAGUACUUCGAUCUUGUCAUUCACUUGCCACAAGUCUUACUGCUAUUGCUGGAACUGUCAACAGUAAUACUGUUCCAUUGGAAAUUGUUGACGUUGCCAGACGCAUCCCACCACGUGUAGAUGAUGUUGUUCGUAGUUUAUAUCCUCCACUAGAUGCACGACUACUUGAAGCUCGUGUAGCAGCUCUGGUAUUAGCAGUUACUCACUUAGCUCUUGUCACAAAACAUGGUGUACCUAAAAGUCAAGUACGAAAACUAGCUUUUAUUGAUCAAGCACUUCAAGAUAUGGAUUCUCACUUAAUUAUAUUGCGAAAUGCUGCGUUGGCUCAAGAAAAUGUCUGCUCUAUACCAGCAUCAACACCAGUUUAGAGUAUCUCUGAUGAAUAUUGAUCUUUUAACUAUUUAUAAGUAUGAAAAAAUAUUUUUACACUAUUUCUUACACCAGUAUUUAUUAUAAUUGAACAUUUUUAUGAUGAUUUAUCAUAUUGUUAUUGAGUAUAUUUGAUGAUCUAACUAUUGAUUGAAGUACGUGAUCAAUGUCAAAAAUGGACUGAAUGAUUUUAUUACAAACUAAAUUAUAUAUUUGUAUAUAAGUAUAUAUAUCUAUAUAUUUUUACAGAUA